CCUCAAGUGCUUCUCCCGCUACACUCGGUGGCCAAAUUUCCCAGAAAAAAAAAAUGCAAAAAUGGGAAUUUUUGGUAUAUAUACCCAUCAUGAACCCGAUCGAAACCCACAACCGAAAUCGAAAAACAAAAUCAGGGUUCGAUUAACAUCUCUCAAACACUUCCAAAAAUGGCAUCUUUCCUUAAGUUCCUCUGCAUCCUGGGUCUGGUCGUCGUCCUCGCCGGAGUCUCCGACGGCAACGGAGAGUGCGGGAAAACGUCGCCGGACGAUGAGGCGAUGAAGCUAGCGCCGUGUGCGGCGGCGGCGCAGGACUCCAACGCGGCCGUGCCCGCCGCGUGCUGCGCGCAGGUGAAGAGGUUCGGACAGAACCCUAAGUGUCUCUGUGCGGUCCUACUGUCGGACACGGCCAAAGCCUCCGGCGUCAAUCCGGAAAUCGCUAUCUCCAUCCCCAAACGCUGCAACUUCGCCAACCGCCCCGUCGGUUACAAGUGUGGACCAUACACGCUGCCGUGAAGAAAGUCCACAAUAGGAGCAUGAAGAUGUGGCGCUUUGGGGCUAUUGACCUCACGAUACACACAACGCCAUGCACCUUAUUUAACAUGUUAUGAAUAAUGAUAGAUGUAUGUAUGUAUCAUGUAUGUUUCUGUGAUAUAUAUAUUUGAUUUCAGUAUGCGUA